AAGCUACAUGCCGGGCAUGUGAUGAAGAUGUGUUUGCUCGUUGCAAAAGAGAUCUCGAAUUUCCCGAACAACAAGGAACGGAUGAGGAAGGGUGCUUUUGUAGACGCCUACUGGAUCGUUCGCGACGGUGGCCUCUUGGGGCUAAUAGCUCAUUUGUUGCUGUAUCACAAGGUGUGGCGUGAAUGUAAACUACGUUUCAUCGGGAUUGUUCGUCGAGACGACGAGAAAGAGGCCACGCUUUAUCGAAUUGAGCAGUAUUUAAGAGCGAUGCGGCUCAGGGGCACCGCAAAGGUAGCAGUUUUUACUUUAUCAGGUUACGUAUCAGUCAUGUAG